GCUGCUGCUAACCUGGGAGAAGAUCAGUUCCUGUGCUCCAUCUGUCUGGAGGUCUUCACUGAUCCAGUCUCUACACCAUGUGGACACAACUUCUGCAAAAACUGCAUCAGCACCCACUGGGACAACAGUGUCCUGUUCAAAUGUCCACUGUGUAAUGAGGUCUUCAACACCAGACCUCAGAUGAAGAUCAACACUAUGUUCUCUGAGAUGGCCGCUCAGUUCAGAUGUCAAGAAAAACCAGUUUCCGAAAAACCAGGAGAAGUUCUCUGUGACGUCUGCACUGGAACCAAAGUGAAGGCUGUGAAGUCCUGCCUGGUCUGUGUGGCCUCCUACUGUGAGACUCACCUGGAACAUCACCUGACAGCUCCACGUCUGAGAAGACAUCAGCUGAUUGAUCCUGUGGAGAAUCUGGAGGACAGGAUGUGCACCAAGCAUGAUAAACCUCUGGAGCUCUUCUGUAAGACAGACCAGACAUGUGUCUGCUUGGUCUGUCCUGCUUUAGAUCACAGGGAUCAUCAGUUUGUUCCUCUGAAGGAAGAAUAUGAAGAAAAGAAGGUGGAGCUGAAGACCACAGGAGCUGACGUUCAGAAGAUGAUCCAGGAGAGAAGAGUGAAGAUUGAGGAGAUCAGAGGUUCAGUGAAGGUGAGUCAGGAUGAAGCAGACAGAGAGAUGGCAGCAGGUGUUCAGGUCUUCACUGCUC